CAGACUCUCUUUGCCGUUCCAUUGGAAUGUGACUCUUGCGUGCAAGAUGUUUCGAACUCUUUAAAGAAACUGCCCGGUACGCAAGGAGUAGCCCCACUCCGCCUCUUAUCCUACUGACGCAUAAGAAAAGGCAUUUUAAGCGUAGAUGCGGACCUCCAAAAACAGCUCGUCGCUGUAGAGGGGACAGGUACAGCCUAACUUCCUCCCUUUUUCUUCCCUUCCGUUUCACAGAUACCCAGAAGUAGGAGUAUAUUCACAUUUACAUAUUCGUUUCAUAAAAACUGGGGAAUGUAUGAUACUCACAAGCAGGAAGCGGCUCCUUCGGCGAUUGUUUCAGCGAUUCAGGAUACAGGUCGUGACGCCAUUAUUCGGGGCAGUGGAAAGCCGAACAGUAUUUGUUUCCCCAUCUUGCUCUACUUUAUCCCGGCUACACCCCUCAGACGGAUAUCAUUUAAAGUGUGGCUAGUUAACACUCGAGCUGGGUUGUGAAACAGGUGCUGCUGUAGCGAUUCUAGAAACCCAUGCAAAGGACAUACCGAGCCCUGUCCGCGGCCUGGUGAGGAUGGUGCAAGUGUCACCGAAACUUACCAUACUGGACCUCACUUUACAAGGCCUCUCACCCGGUAGAUACCAUGCUACCAUACGCACUGCUGGGGAUAUAUCAAGGGGAGCAGCUUCUACCGGCGACAUUUGGGGAAGGCAGGAAUCUGGAAAGGAAGAGGAGGGCGAUGUGCCUCCCAGAGGAGAGCUCGGGUCAAUCAAUGUCGGAAAGUCAGGCACCGCUAGCGUUCUACUUGACAAGCCUAUCGAGGCCUGGGAAAUCAUUGGUCGUAGCUUCGUGGUUUCAAAGGAGCGGGACGGAAGUUUUAGACCGGAUGGCCCUGACACUAUUGUUGGUGUCAUCGCCAGAAGUGCCGGCGUCUGGGAGAACGAGAAGACGGUAUGUUGGUUGGGCUUUCUUGCAUAUCUCGCAGAUCUUCCCCCCCUCCCUAUCCGCUUUAUGGCUUUGGGUCGCUUACACCCGCUGUGCCCGCCUAUUUUCGAAACAAACUUUUACCAGAGAUACCAGGCGUUUCUGAUGCGCUUUCCGGAUUUUAGGUUUGUUCAUGUUCGGGCAAAACCAUAUGGGGCGAGAGGAAGGAAAACGUCGAGCGAGGAAUGGUCUGAUGCAAUCCGACACAAUUUGACAUGGCUCGAUGAUGGUUCGAUAAAUGGCGAAGGGAUUUCCUCUCAUUCGUGCUAGUAUAUGAGGAAUGAUAGGCAUUAAAAAAAAGCACCCUGGAAGCCUGAAUAGUUACUUACAGAUAAAUCGAUAAGCAGAAGGCAAGGUACAAUUUCCGUGUGGGGUAAGAAUCAGCCAAUUGUCAGCCCAGGAAUCAGCAGAGCCAUUCGUAUAUCGUGCAAUAACAUGACAGCCCUAUACCAUGGACUCUCUCAACACAGAAAAUGUCCAAGGAGCGAGAAUUUCCUUUCCCGUACGAUAACGUGAGUUUUCUCUUACCAACGAUUUCCUGUAUAGGAGUUUCUCAUAUCGAGAGCCUUCCGUAAUCUCGUGAACCCCAUCGCCACCAUCUCACAAUCAUUUCACAUUCCCCGCUCACUCACGCGGCUCGCUUGAACUUACCUCUUGGUGUUUGAUCCGUGGUGGGCUUUGGGCGAAGAGUGGUCCGCUGGCAGGUUUCAAAGCAAUCCUGGAUUUGGAUUUUUGUCUGAUAUAUAUUAGUAGUAGAGCCCAGGGCUUUUUGGUAGUACCGGUAGUAUGGUAACGGAUUGGAGAUACUCGAGUACGAUGCUGGUGAGAUGGUGGCAGUCGUCGUCUCUGCAGAUGCUGGAGGGUCAAGGGUACACUGGGGUAUCAUGGGUGGACGAAUGGAUGGCCCAAGGUAGAUUAGGAGUCGGCUGCGCGGACGGAGUUCAGUGAAUAGUAACCAGUCCUCAUCGUGCACUGCACUCGUACGAGUACAGUGCUCAACCACCAGCCAGGUAAGAAGAGAAAAAGAAAAAAACGCCUACCACAACAUGCAGCAUAUCUGGUUAGGGGACCGCUUUUGAAUCCCGGGAACCUGCAUAACGGCAGCAAACGUCCCGCCUUAAUGCACCAUUCAACAUCACCCACCGACCAGUCCAAGUGGAAUAACCAUACGAUGCCAUACCAGUACUAUACGAGUACACCCAUCGCCCAACAAUCCUGUUGGCCGGGAAGAGAUGGAGUGUUUAGGAUAGAUAUGCGAUGGCUUGGAAAUUGUAACCGCGGGUGGGGCUCUCUUUUUUCUUUU